UGCAGAAUUUGUCGAAUAUCAGCUGACCGUGCCAUUGCAGCUGUCCCUGGUCCCUCACAGAAGAGGAGGCCCACAGGAGGUCCCACGCCCACCAUGGCUGCAGCUGCAGCUGCAGCUACAGUUACAGCUACAGUUACAGCUACAGCUACAGCAACAGCGACAGCGACAGUGACAGCUACAGCUACAGCUACAGCUACAGCUACAGCUUCAGCUACAACUACAGCUGCAGCUUCAGCUACAGCUUCAGCUACAACUACAGCUGCAGCUGCAGGUAUAAGUACAGCCGCCCUUGCAGCAUUCGCUUUUAUCAUUGUGGGCAUCGUCGCUGGAUUUACAUAUGUAGCCGUGAAAAAUGGUUCAAGGAUGAAAAUGGGUGUGAGGAAGGGAUCUUUUGAAUUCUAUUUUGAAUCUGAGGGAAAACAAAAGGCCUGACUCUGCUCUGCAAGCAGUAGCCCUUGCCUUGCUGUCCUGAGGAAGAACUGAUGAGUACUGCCAAAGAACAGAAGCACAUUUCCUUCCUUCCGAGCAGCCUGAUAUGUGUCUUCCCACUGUGGGAAUUGAAAAGUGCCUUCUGACCCUAAGCUGCACAAUUAAGAUAUUUAGAUUGCUUUGAGCACUAAAUUAUUUUAAAUCUUUAAUAAAAGCGCUAUGGUGGUA